AUGCUUUCGUGGCGCGAUGGUGGGGGUAAGUCCCGUGGGGAGCUUCCGUUUAUCUGCGAGGUCAGAGAAGGCUGGCUGCGUUCAGUGGUGCUGUUGAAAAACACGAUGAAAAUGGCGUGGCAACCGCAAGAGGAAGGACUUCGACAAAUCUUGACGCUCCUCAAGGAGUCUCAGAGCCCGGAUACGGCUACACAACGAGCCGUGCAAGAAAUGAACCUACGAGGUCUCUAAGUGGACUGAUUUUGAAGAAUAACGUUAAAGCUCAUUUUUAUAAGUUUUUACCAGAGGUUACAAAUUUUAUCAAGCAAGAAUGUUUAUCGGCAAUUGGAGAUCCAUCACCUCUAAUUCGUGCAACUGUUGGUAUUUUAAUAACUACUAUUGCAUCCAAAGGUGAAUUGACUAGAUGGCCAGAGCUACUACCUGCACUUUGCCAAAUGUUAGACUCGCAAGAUUACAAUGUUUGUGAAGGUGCAUUUGGUGCUCUUCAAAAAAUCUGUGAAGAUUCUGCAGAAGUUUUAGACUCCGAUGCACUUAAUCGACCAUUGAACGUUUUAAUCCCAAAGUUCCUGCAAUUUUUUAGACAUUCAAGCCCUAAAAUUAGGUCACAUGCUACUGCCUGUGUUAAUCAGUUUAUCGUUAAUCGUACACAAGCUUUGAUGAUUCACAUAGAUAGCUUCCUGGAGAAUCUCUUCCACUUAGCUAAUGAUGAUGAUCCAGAAGUCAGGAAGAACGUAUGCAGAGCUCUGGUUAUGUUGCUUGAAGUUCGAAUGGAUAGAUUAAUACCACACAUGCAUAACAUAAUAGAAUACAUGUUAAUGAGGACCCAGGAUCUUGAUGAAGGAGUUGCUUUAGAGGCUUGUGAAUUUUGGCUUUCAUUAGCUGAGCAGCCAAUUUGUAAAGAAGCACUUGCACCACAUUUACCCCGUUUAGUACCUAUAUUGGUAAGAGGUAUGAAAUACUCGGACAUUGAUAUAAUACUUCUAAAAGGAGAUGUAGAAGAAGAUGAAAUGAUCCCGGAUAGAGAGGAAGAUAUUAGACCAAGAUUUCCCAAAUCAAAAACACAUCAUUCACAUCACGGUAAUAUGAACAAACAUUCAAAUGAAAAUGGAGGUUGUGAUGAAGAAGAUGCAGAUGCUGAAGAUGGAUGUGAUGAUGAUUCAACGCUUAGUGAUUGGAAUUUAAGGAAAUGCUCCGCCGCUGCUUUAGAUAUGUUAGCAAAUGUAUUUAGAGAAGAAUUAUUACCAGUUUUAGUACCAAUUUUGAAAGAAACGCUUUUCCACCAAGAUUGGGUAAUCAAAGAAUCUGGAAUAUUAGCACUGGGAGCUAUAGCUGAAGGUUGUAUGAGCGGAAUGAUUCCGCAUUUAUCAGAAUUGAUCCCGUAUCUAAUUAGUUGUUUAAGCGAUAAAAAAGCAUUAGUACGCGCUAUUACUUGCUGGACGCUAAGUCGUUACGCACAUUGGGUUUGUGCGCAACCCCACGAUACACAUUUGAAGCCUUUAAUGACUGAAUUACUCAAACGAGUACUUGAUGGCAACAAACGCGUUCAGGAAGCCGCGUGUUCUGCUUUUGCAACGUUAGAAGAGGAAGCGUGCACGGAAUUAGUCCCUUACCUUGGAUUUAUUCUUGAAACGCUUGUUUUUGCUUUUGGUAAAUAUCAACAUAAAAACCUUUUAAUAUUGUACGACGCAAUUGGUACACUUGCUGAUUCAGUAGGACAUCAUCUUAAUAAACCAGAUUACAUUAACCUUCUUAUGCCACCACUCAUUAACAAGUGGAACGUAUUAAAAGACGAGGACAAAGACCUUUUUCCAUUAUUAGAAUGUCUUUCUUCAGUUGCAACUGCUUUACGAUCUGGUUUCCUCCCUUAUUGCGAACCUGUCUAUAGGCGGUGUGUAUCCCUCGUAGAGCAGACGCUAAAUCAACACAUAGCAAAUACACAGAGUCCAGAACAAUUUGAGGCUCCUGAUAAAGAUUUUAUGAUUGUUGCAUUAGACCUUCUUAGCGGCUUGGCAGAAGGGUUGGAUGGUCAUAUGGAACGCUUGGUAAUGAACAGUAAUGUAAUGCAGCUACUGUAUCAGUGUAUGCAAGAUGGCAUGCCUGAAGUUAGACAAAGCAGUUUCGCCUUACUGGGAGAUCUUACAAAGGCCUGCUUUCAACAUGUUUUGCCUUGCAUACCGGAAUUUAUGCCCAUACUUGGACAGAAUUUAAAUCCUGAGUUUAUAUCUGUAUGUAAUAAUGCAACAUGGACUAUUGGUGAAAUAGCUAUAAAACUCGGUGUACUUCUUUGAGGAGCAUUAGAGAUAAUGAAGAGAAGGAUUCGGCAUUCAGAGGUAUGUGUCAGAUGAUCACGGUAAAUCCAGCAGGCGUUGUACAAGAUUUCAUCUUUUUCUGUGAUGCUGUUGCAUCUUGGGUCACGCCUAGAGAAGAUCUUAAGGACAUGUUUCAAAAGAUAUUACAUGGAUUCAAGAAUCAAGUUGGUGCGGAAAAUUGGAAACGAUUUUCAGAUCAAUUCCCACCACAGCUCAGUGAACGACUCCAUAAUAUGUAUGGCAAGGCCGCUUUAAGGGGCAGGCCGAAAGGGGUUGGGCGGGAAACAAAUCAAUGGGUGGACAGGGUGGGUGGGUGAAACCACGGCCUCUUCUCAUCAACAUCGUUGUCGUUACCAUGUUAUGGUCAUCGUCAGGCUCUCAGGGGAAUUAGUAUGCGUUAUUAGAGCUACAGUCAACAAGAGGUACAAACGAAAAAUCGAAGUGAGAAUGAAACGAGGAAAAAUGAAAACGACAAAAUACAUGUCAUGGGCCGAAAUGUAACGCGUGG